CCGCCGCCCUCCGGGCGCUGAUGCCCCUGGGGCGUCGCGCCGGCCGCCUCUGAAGGAUUUCCUGAGGCUCUCCGCGACCCCGGCCGCCCCGGCGAUGAGAGCCGGAGGAGGAUGCGGCGGAGCGGCUGCCGCCAGCUGCCCCUGGCUGGGACUGGCCGCCCUGCUGGUCGCCCUGCUCGGGACCCCCGCGGGCGCGGCAUCGCAGCAGUACCACGGCGAGAAGGGCAUCUCCGUGCCGGACCACGGUUUCUGCCAACCCAUCUCCAUCCCGCUCUGCACGGAUAUCGCCUACAACCAGACCAUCCUGCCCAACCUGCUGGGCCACACCAACCAGGAGGACGCGGGGCUGGAGGUGCACCAGUUCUACCCGCUGGUCAAGGUGCAGUGUUCGCCCGAGCUCAAGUUCUUCCUCUGCUCCAUGUACGCGCCGGUGUGCACCGUGCUGGAGCAGGCCAUCCCGCCCUGCCGCUCCCUCUGCGAGCGGGCCCGGCAGGGCUGCGAGGCGCUCAUGAACAAGUUCGGCUUCCAGUGGCCAGAGAGGCUCCGCUGCGAGAACUUCCCUGUCCACGGUGCGGGUGAGAUCUGCGUGGGGCAGAACACGUCAGAUGCCCCACCAGGGCCUGGCGGUGCGGCGGGCCGGGGGGCCACUGCCCACCCCACGGCUGGCUACCUCCCUGACUUUCCCACCCCGCCACAGCCGCCCUCUGGCUUCUCCUUCUCCUGCCCGCGGCAGCUCAAAGUGCCCUCUUACUUGGGCUACCGGUUCCUGGGGGAGCGGGACUGCGGUGCCCCCUGUGAGCCGGCCCGGCCCAACGGGCUCAUGUACUUCAAGGAGGCGGAGGUGCGAUUUGCCCGGCUGUGGGUGGGUGUGUGGUCCGUGCUCUGCUGCGCCUCCACCCUCUUCACCGUGCUCACCUAUCUGGUAGACAUGCGCCGUUUCAGCUACCCGGAGCGGCCCAUCAUCUUCCUCUCGGGCUGCUAUUUCAUGGUGGCAGUGGCCUACGCAGCGGGCUUCCUGCUGGAGGAGCGGGUGGUGUGUCUGGAGCGCUUCUCCGAGGAUGGCUACCGCACUGUGGCCCAAGGCACCAAGAAAGAAGGCUGCACCAUUCUCUUCAUGAUCCUCUACUUCUUCGGCAUGGCCAGCUCUAUCUGGUGGGUCAUCCUGUCCCUCACCUGGUUCCUGGCUGCAGGCAUGAAGUGGGGCCACGAGGCCAUCGAGGCCAACUCCCAGUAUUUCCACCUGGCUGCCUGGGCUGUGCCUGCUGUCAAAACCAUCACCAUCUUGGCCAUGGGGCAGGUGGAUGGGGAUGUACUCAGUGGGGUGUGUUACGUAGGUAUCUACAGUGUGGACUCACUGAGGGGCUUUGUGCUGGCGCCCUUGUUUGUGUAUCUCUUCAUUGGCACUUCCUUCCUGCUGGCUGGCUUUGUGUCCUUGUUUCGCAUCCGCACCAUCAUGAAGCACGAUGGCACCAAGACGGAGAAGCUGGAGAAGCUGAUGGUGCGCAUUGGUGUCUUCAGUGUCCUCUACACGGUGCCUGCCACCAUUGUCCUGGCAUGCUACUUCUACGAGCAGGCCUUCCGUGGCACCUGGGAGAAGACGUGGCUCCUCCAGACCUGCAAAACGUACGCCGUGCCCUGUCCCAGCCACUUUGCCCCUAUGAGCCCAGACUUCACCGUCUUCAUGAUCAAGUACCUCAUGACCAUGAUUGUUGGGAUCACGACUGGCUUCUGGAUCUGGUCUGGCAAAACCCUUCAGUCCUGGCGACGCUUCUACCACAGACUCAGCACCGGCAGCAAAGGCGAGACAGCAGUAUGAGACCCCCUGUCCCCUCUGGCACACACACACUCACGCAUGCACACAUGCAGAGGAGACAGAUACUCGGCAGAAGGGCAGGGCAAUGGUUCCCUGAAGAGGGAGGAAGGGAGGCAAUUCCAAACUUUUUCUUCCUCACAGAAGGUUUGAACAAAAGAUAUAAUUAUUGCAUAAAGGAUCAGUCAAACUGUGUUCAGUGGUGCUUAGGCCCAGCUAAGUGGAAGAGGACUGAAAAAGAGGCCACUGGUGGGAUGGGAGAGUCGUUCAUUCCAGAAGUCCCUCUACUUCUCUCUACCCCUUGCUACCCCUGUCCAGGAAAAAAAACUCCAACCCAACUAAAAUCAUCCUGCCUUGCUUUGGACAAGAGGGAGGGGAAGCCAGAUCUGUUGAGCUACCGCUGCCGAGAGGGAGCCCAAUAAUCCCUGAGUUGCCGGGGCCAAACUGCAGCGCGGGCAGGGUAACUCCCGAGCCCGACUCGCUGCCUGCUCCUUCCAGCUCGGCGGAGCCAUCACGUGAGUACUGCACAGCCGGCUACAGCCCGACCGUGUGCCGGGGAGAUGCCUCUGUUCUGUCAGCUCACAAGUUCCUUUUUACCUCACUGAUACCUGUUGUAAUUGUUUUAAAGUAAAAACUUGGCCCUC